AAACUGAAGUUGUGGGGAAGGUUGUGGAUUGUCCCACGAACUGCAGUCUUUACCAAAGGCAACCGUAUCCUAACUUUUGUACACGCAUUGCGUCACGUCUACAAAGUCGGCUAGCUAGCGAACGUUUGCAGAAUAUUUCCUAUUCACUAUUAUUGAUUAGGUCACAGCACACUAAACUCGUCAGUGGAUUACAUCAGAAGUACGGAGAAAUUCGUACGUAGGAAUGCUGUUUUGAGGUAUCCUUACUCCAGGUACCUGGCUCUGCAGCACAGCUGUAGGUGGCGGCAAUGAGCAGCUUGUUUCAAAUCGGUUUUUGAAACGAAGAAGAGAGAAACCAGAAGGAAGGACUGCUCUCUGUGUGAUUGGCUGAGAUGUGACCAAUGGAAAGCUGACAGGAUAUUAUCGCGUGUUCGCGAGCGCGCGCGCGUGUGUUUGGUAGUAGUGUGGAUAGUGCAGCAGAAUGUUAGGAAAAGUUUUGACUUCGCUGCUUCUUCUCGCGGUCUUCUUCUAUGAACCCGCGGAGGCGCAGAAGAAGAAAGAGGUGAUGUCUUCAGUGACUCUGCUGUCAGAGAAGGUGACGCAGAUGAUGGAGUGGGCCUCCAAACGAUCAGUCAUCAAAAUGAAUGGAGAUAAGUUUCGUCGUUUUGUCAAGGCUCCCCCUAGAAACUACUCAGUGGUCAUCAUGUUUACAGCACUGCAGCCACAGAGACAAUGUGGAGUGUGCAGGCAAGCUGAUGAGGAGUUCCAGGUGCUGGCUAACUCCUGGCGUUUUUCUUCUGCCUUUACCAAUAAAGUCUUUUUUGCGUCAGUCGACUUUGAUGAAGGAUCAGAUGUGUUUCAGAUGCUGAAUAUGAAUUCUGCCCCAACAUUCCUCCAUUUCCCAUCCAAAGGAAAACCUCGAAGGCCUGAUACGUAUGAGCUCCAGGUCCGAGGCUUCGCGGCUGAGCAGCUGGCUAGAUGGGUGGCAGACAGAACUGAUGUACAAAUCCGUGUCAUUCGUCCUCCCAACUAUGCAGGGCCUCUCCUGCUGGGAUUCCUUCUGGCUGUGAUUGGUGGACUAGCAUAUCUACGAAGACACAAUUUAGAGUUUCUCUUCAACACAAAUGUCUGGGCCUUCUCCGCACUGUGCUUUGUCCUGGUCAUGACCUCAGGCCAGAUGUGGAACCACAUCAGAGGACCACCUUAUGCUCACAAAAACCCCAGCACAGGACAAGUUAGUUACAUCCACGGCAGCAGUCAGGCACAGUUCGUGGCAGAGACGCACAUCGUCCUCCUCUUCAAUGCGGCUGUUACCAUGGGAAUAGUUCUACUGUGUGAAGCUGCUACUUCAGACAUGGAUAUUGGAAAGAGAAAGAUUAUGUGUGUUGCAGGUAUCGGUCUAGUUAUGCUGUUCUUCAGUUGGUUGCUGUCGAUCUUCAGAGCCAAGUACCAUGGAUAUCCAUACAGCUUCCUGAUGAGUUAGUGCUGAUCAGCUCCUCCAGAGUCAGAGCAAGUAUAAGUCGGAGGACAGACGUGCUGCAGGGUGCUGUCCACAGCAUCUUUGAUGAAAAACUGUUUGCCACGCCAUGAUUUGUCCUCUGAUCUGUUUAAUAAAGUCAGUACAUCAUAUACAUACGGUGCCUUUUACGAUAUCACAAGUGGUUCCUUUACAACAACAGAGCUCUGAUCGCUGCUGUGCAACAUGAACAGUCGUGUACCAAAAGGUGUCUUCUUGGUCUGAACUUGGGCCAAAUUGUUUGAUUUGUGAUUCAUUUCUAACCUGCAGACUGUGUUUUUGUCUUAAAGUGCAGACAUGAGUCAGGACUGUUUAGUUCUUGUUGCUGAGACCUCAGCAGACAUUAGUCUGUUGUUGCUGUGACUCUUAGGCUCCAGCAGCAGUACUCUGUGUGCUAUUUGUACUAAAAAGGUUUUGUUAAAACAUCAGUUGAGACAUAUAUGGAUCUGUUGGUGCACUUAACGUUUCUUUUUUAUGUACAAAUGCUUCCCUCCUUUAGUAAUACUCUGCUUGGUUUUUACUGAGUUUGUACACUUGUGUUGCAGUUAGGCAAACAGUCAACAGAGAGCAUAGUUUUGAUUUUAAAGCCACAUUUAAAUUUAAAUGUGAUAUUUGAUUUAUUUGCCGGAGUAACUGUUAAAGUUAGCUCUGUUUCUGGAACAGAAACGCUUCCUGUGUUUGGGGUUAACAAACUAAACCUGUUGUCGGCAUCACGGCCCUCACAUGUAAAAUAUGAUCUGUAGAAACAAAAGUUACUUUCAUUACAUGGCUCAGUAAAAUCCCAAGAUCAGUAAUCAUUGGAGUCUUAUUAUUGUGAUCACGGCCCUUUUGUUUUUGAAUGGAAAAUGUCAGAUUGAUGAAAAUAUGUUUGUACUUUGUUGUCAAGCUAACUGUUCAUACUUCUUUCCAAAUGGGCCUUAUCUGCAGAGCAUGAUGGGACGCAUGUGUCUUCAUGUGUGUGUACAUGAGCACUGGGAGAAGGUUGCAUUUUGUGUGUUGUGUUUUAAAUGUGUGUUAUCAAGUUCAACAAAGAGGGAAUAUUUGAUCAGAGCUGACUGUUGCUGAUAUUAAAGUGUCGUAACUGAG